AAAAACUAAAAAAAAAAUUGCAGCGUCAGCCCUCGCAGCAUUCUUGUCCUUCCAUUCAACUCAAAAACAUCAUGGAACCUAAUGACAACCAACUCACCUCCUUCUUCCACCACCACCAAUUUCACCAAACCACCGCCUCCUCCGCCCCUCCAACCACCGCGACCAACGGCCUUCUCCCCAACACCGAUGGGUCCCACAUACUGUACCCUCACUCUGUCGCCUCGGCGGUGUCGUCUCAGCUUGAACCGGCCAAGCGCAAGAGAGGGAGGCCCAGGAAGUACGGUACUCCUGAGCAAGCUCUCGCUGCGAAGAAAGCUUCAACGUCGUCGUUUUCAGCGAGUCCCAGGGAGAAGAAGCCUCAACCUCACUCUCACUCUCACUCUCAAGCUUUCACUCCUUCCUCCCCUUCUUACUCCUCCAAGAAAUCCAAUUCUCUCUCUCUAGGCAAUGCAGGACUAAGCUUCACUCCACAUGUAAUUACUGUUGCUGCUGGUGAGGAUGUUGGCCAGAAAAUUAUGUUAUUUAUGCAACAAAGUAGGCGUGAGGUGUGCAUUCUGUCUGCAUCUGGGUCCAUCUCUAAUGCAUCUCUUCGUCAACCAGCAUCGUCCGGAGGCAAUGUUACAUAUGAGGGCCGUUUUGAGAUUAUUUCACUUACUGGUUCCUAUGUCCAUAAUGAAACUGGAGCUCGAAGUGGUGGUCUCAGCGUAUGCUUGUCAAACAUUGAUGGACAAAUCAUUGGUGGUGGAGUUGGUGGGCCCCUUAAAGCUGCUGGUCCUGUUCAGGUCAUUAUUGGUUCAUUUGUACUUGACACCAAGAAAGACACUGGUGUAAAAGGUGAUGCCUCUGCCAGCAAGUUGCCAUCACCAGUCGGUGAAUCAGCAUCAAGUUUAGGUUUCCGCCAAGCAGUUGAACGUUCCAGCGGCAAUCAAAUCCAGGGAAAUGAUGAGCAUCAAGCUAUGGGCGGAAGUCAUUUCAUGAUUCAACAGCUUGGUUUGCAUGUGACACCUCCCCGGUCCACUGACUGGGGUGCUCAUCCGGACUCAAGAAAUACUGCUUAUGAGCUGACAGGAAGACCAGGUCAUGGAGCGCACCAGUCUCCUGAGAAUGGAGGAUAUGAUCAAAUUCCUGAUUGAGAAUUUGUGAUGGCUUUUGGGUUUGAUAGCAACGAUGUAUGAUAUCGCUACAUGCCAGCAAUCUUUGUCUCCUGAUGCCGUUUAUAGUAUGCACCAUUCGUUAAGGGUCGUGGCCUCUUGCAAUUAACACUCAUGCAUUGCUUGUCCUUGAAAUAUUGUUCUGCCUCAUUUACUCAUGUCAUGAUGUAUUUAAACAUUAGGAUUGCUGGCUAAUACCUCUUCAUUUUUGUGGGCCUGUUAGUUUUCCUAUACCAGGACAAAUAAGGUAGAUAUAUACUUCCUAGGGUCCUAGGGUAGCUUCUGGGCUAUAUUUUCCUUUCAUUUUCAAGGUGCGGUCUUAAUACUGUUCAAUAUUCUGUCGAGCAAAUUAUAGCUCUUCAUUUAAAAAAAAACUUUAUUUGGAAAAUAAUGAGUCUUUCUUGUU